AUGUCGACCAACCUCAAUAAUAAUAAGUGUGAUGAAAUCAAUGUAAUAGAUUUGAUUAAUAAUUAUAAUUGGUCAUCUACCUAUCUUGGACCUAAGGAUUCUUGGGAACCUUCAUUUAAAAUUGCCGUGGAUUCCUGCCUGAAUUCUAAGUUUCCUACCUUUAUUUACUGCGGUCCUGAUUUGAUAUACUUAUAUAAUCAAGCGAGCGUACCACUGCUAAAAUCAAAACAUCCAAUUGCAUUUGGAAAAUCAUUCUUUGAAGUUAGUCCUGAACAUUUUAACUUUGUAAAAUCAAAAUAUGAAAAAAUAAGAUCGACUAGAAAAGGCUUAUUUCAGAAUGAAUGUCCUAUUUUGACGUAUAAUAAUACUGAUAAAUAUCCAGAAGAAUUAUACUUUAAUUUUGCAAUGAGCCCAAUUUUUAAAGGUGAUGGAACACUUUUAGCUAUAAUUGAUAUAACUUUUUUUACAACUCACAAAGUUUUGGCCAAACAAAGAUUAAAAUCUCUUGGGGAGGCUUUGGAGAG